CGCCGCCAUCUUGCCGGGGUGGAGGCCGAGCGAGGACAAACCUCCUCUUACGGCGCGUUGCGGAUGAACUAAGUGAGGCGGCGAGGAGGAGGAGGAGGAAUCGACUCGAGCAUGGCGGCGACCCCGGCGGCUGGGUGCGAGCUGAAGCCGGGGGAGGACGACAGGGAGGAGAAGGGCUCCGCCUCGGCCAGCUGCCUGCUCGACGCCGUCUUGAGCUCCUUGUACGACUUCGGUGAAUCAUUACCGGAUGGGGGUGGAAAGAAAAAGAGCAAAAAGAGAAAUUCAAAUGAGAAGUUAACAUUGGCGGUCAGCAAAACUCAAGUGGAAAAUAAAAGCAUGAUUCCUGAAUCUGGUGCAGUACCUCUUGGUAAGAAGAAUACUGCUUCCAGUUUCUUUGAGAGUCUGAAAGAUGAACUGGCUUAUGACUGUAUUCAUCAGAAAAGCACUAUCCCCAAAUCCAGUUCCCCUGAUGCUGAUACAUUUAAAUCUGCUCGGUUGGGAAACACAACAGAGAUUGAAGUUGUGACAUUUCAUGGUCGACGUAGAAAGAAGAAAGCUAAACUUGAAAUUGCUGAAGAUGGUGGUUCUAAGGCAGAAUUGACUGUUCAAGAAAACCAUGCCGCUGACCAAGAAUUUAACUUGGAAAAAGCCCGUUUGGAAGUGCACCGGUUUGGAAUCACCGGAUUUGAGAAAAAAGAGCAGCGAGUUAUGGAACAAGAACGUGCAAUCAUGUUGGGAGCAAAGCCUCCUAAAAAGCAGUAUUUGAACUACAAGAUUCUGCAGCAGAAAAUCAAAGAAACGAAAGCAGCAAAGAAGGAAGAAAACAUGACGGAAAAUAAACCUAAUUCUCUCAAGAGGCAGAAGAAAAAAGGGCCCGAAGAAAGCAGAAAAUCGAAAAAGAAGAAAAAGCAGAGUAUGUUACCAACGGGGCAGGUUGGAACUUUUAAAAACGGCACUCUCAUACUUCGAAGUUCUGACAUAAAGAAAAUAAAGUCUUCUAAAGUCAUUAAGUAACAUCACUGCAUCAUGUUCAAAUGGAAAAUGAAAUGGAUAAACUUUGUAGCAAAAUAAACUUUUUUUAAAAAAAACUUUU